UGUUCCUCCUCAUUCCCUCACCUCCUUCUCUCUCCUCUCUCCCUCUCUUUCGAAUCCUUACAAUGACCCUACUCCCCACUGAGUCCGCUGUUUCCUCUGAAACUUCAUCUUCCUCCUCUGAUUCCAAAUCCCACACCACCAGACCCUCCAAAAGACCCCGCCCCUCUCCUUCUCCUUCCUCCUCCUCCUCUUCUUCUUCGUCUUCGUCUCCUUCUUCUUCAAAUAAUACUACUUCCGGCAAGCUCCCGCACUACCAUGGCGUCAGAAUGCGAAGCUGGGGCAAAUGGGUGUCUGAGAUUCGCGAGCCCCGCAAGAAGUCUCGCAUCUGGCUCGGCACUUUCGCCACUCCAGAAAUGGCCGCUCGAGCCCACGACGUGGCUGCUCUCUCCAUCAAAGGUAAGUCUGCCAUUCUCAACUUCCCUCAAAUUGCCACCGUCCUUCCCCGGCCCGCCACGCCCUCCCCUCGUGACGUCCAAGCCGCAGCUUCUGCCGCCGCUGCCAUGGUCGAGUUCGACUCGGUACAGCCCUCGGAAGCGUCGAGGUCGGAGUCGGAGUCAACGGAGUCUUCAGAGCUGAGUGAGAUAGUGGAAUUGCCGAACAUAGAAGAAGAGAGCUUCCACUCAGACGAGUCAAUGACCGAGUUCAUAUGGAUAGAUUCAGUGGACCGUUGGGUGUUUCCGGGUAUGGGUAUGGGUUUGGAUGAUUCAGAACUGAGCUCCAUUUUCUCGCAGCAAUUCUCAGAGGAGAUCCCACUCUGGGAUUAAAACUAAAAGGCAAAAAAAA